CAAUGACGAUUCCACCAACACCAACAUCACAACCACUUUUCUCUGUGGUUUUUCAGGUCCAGACUUCCAUAACCAAGCUUCCAGAGAUUGAAAUCCACGCUGCCGAGUAUGAAUUCCCAGACGAGGCUUUGCCAACCGACUCCGGCUAUCUCCCCAUUGACGGUCUCGCCUCUUUUACGUUUACUACGAAGCGAGCAAGCCAGACACCGAGCUGGAAAUCUCACCGAUUAUGGUGUGGCUCAACGGCAGACCCGGUUGCUCCAGCUUGAUCGGUUGCUUCUACGAGCUCGGCCCAUGGAUUCUCCAAGAGAACUUCAGCUUGCAAAAAAAUCCAGGAGCGUGGAACCGAAGGUGUGAAAUCCAAAAAUUCUUUUGUUCGUCACGGUAUAAUCUAAGAACUUAGGUGCAAUGUUUUGGACAUGGACCAUGAGGUUAUCACUUUGAUUGGGCGUGCUUCUACCAUCUCGCAAGUGAAAAGAGGGUUAACUCCACCGCCAUGUCCAGCUCGUGAAUCUAAUCGUCAAAGCAUAUGCCAGGUGUGGCAGCCUCCAAGAUGCCCUUUCUGCCUUUCAAACGCUCGAGUGUCCCAACCAGCACUCUUGGAAUAUCCUGCUCUCGGGCUACGUCCGCAAUGGAGGUAUUGCCCAAGCGGAGGAGCUGUUUGGAGUCUUGCCAUUGCGAGAUCGAGUGACUUGGAAUACGCUGGUUGCAGCUUAUGCUAAUGCUGGGCAUUUGCGUAAGGCAAAACAGCUGUUUGAUACGAUGCCGGACAGGGACAUUGUUUCCUGGGCGUCACUUCUCCAGGCGUUUGUAAAGAAGGGAGAUUUGAGCAGUGGAAAGAGGUUGUUUGAUCUUAUGCCCAGAUGGAACGUUGUAGUCUUUAAUUCCAUGAUAUCUGGAUUUGCAAACUUGGGUGAUCUGUCCAGCGCCGAGAGUAUGUUUGCAUGGAUCCCAGAAGCGACGCUCGUUACAUGGACAACCAUGGUGGCCGCGUUUUGCGAAAAGGGUCUAAUAGCUAGAGCUAAAGACCUCUUCUCCAAAAUGCCCGAAAGAAACAUGCUAGCCUGCACUACCAUGCUUGAAGCGUUUUCUCUGAAAGGUGAUCUCACCGAAGCAAAGCGGGUCUUUGAUUCCAUGCCCGAGUGGGAUCUUGUCUCGUUUACGGUGAUGCUUCAGGCAUAUGGCAAAAGAGGGCAUUUGGUAGAAUGUAUACGUUUGCUCCAAACCAUGCACGAGAAAGAUGUGGUCUUCUACAAUGCGGUGAUUUCGGCAUUUAUUAACGCUGGAGACUUAGAGGGAGCCAAGUCUCGGUUUGAUUUGUGCCCAGAAUGGGACAUUGUGUCGUGGACAACUUUGAUUUCAGGAUAUGCCGUGGCCAGGUAUUUUGAUGCUGUGGAGAGCUUUUUUGCAAGGGACACAAUGACGUGGAAUACCAUGCUAGCGGCGUAUGUCGGCGAUAGAAAUAUCUCUCGUCCAAAGACAACGUUCUAUUCCAUGAAAGAGCGAGAUACCAUUUCAUGGAACGUGAUUUUAGCAGCGUAUUCCCAAGCUGGAGAUUUGGAGGAGGCAAGGAGGCUGUUCUCGGCAAUGAGUCCUAGAUCCACCUCCUUGACGGAGAAGAGUGAAUCUCUAGUGCAGUACCUCACGUCGCAGGCCGUGAUGACAUCGAUCCCGGCGCCAAUGCACGCGCCAUAGAUCAUCGCGAUGACUGGCUUGCGGCAAAUCUCGGGCGAGAGAUUCGGCGCCUACAUCAGGUGGUUCCAAGACUCCCUCUCGGCGGCCGCGAGCGCCAUCGCCAUCGCCAUCGCCAUGGGCCGAGGAAGAGGAAGAAGAGGAUUUGGUGCUGAGGAUGUUGGUGUCGAUACCCGAGCAGAAAUUGGAGCCAUUCCCCGAGAGCAGCACCACGCGCACCUGUGGAUCAUCGUCCAGUGCUCGCAGCGAUCGGGAGCUCGCGGAGGACGGCGUCGUCCAGGGCAUUGCCCAGGUUGAGGAGGAGACGUGCUCCUCCACGCCCAUAGCCAUCAAGAACCCUAAUUUUUUAAUUUUAGCUCUUCAAUCACGCAAAAUCUUUGGGGGUUAAGAAAGUUUUUCUCUGAGUCAUCUUCAAAGAACCCUACAAGAAUCCCAUUCCUUGGAUUAUUCCAGAAGUUGUCGCUGUAAUUGUCAACCUCCUUUAGAUCCCUCCUUAGAACAGUCAAGUCCUGCAAUAGAUGCUAGAAAGUUAACCGAAAUUGCUCACAAUUCUUCC